UGCAGCACAAUCGUUUAUUGAUGGAUUUGGACCCUUGACGUAUGUUGCAGGAAGUGGAAUUGACAGCUCAUGUCCGGCAGGCUUUUCCUAGCCGCCCAUGAAAUCAUUAAUCACCACUUCAGCAGCAGCAGCAGCAGCAGCAGCAGCACAAGACUUACGUAUCCCAUGUAUUCUGGCUUAUUCUCGCUAUAUUUGGAUGGUUGCAGAGUAUGUUCAAUGUCAAAACCAUGGCAUUGAACAGUACGUCUUCACGUGGAAGAGUAGAUCGACGGUAACAUUACCAGCAUGCCCUACGCAUAUUGGAAAUUCAAGCGACCGAAUCCUUCUGAUAACAACGAUGUCUCGACAAAUGCAAUCCGAGUCUAUAAUUAAUUAAUCUAUAUUUCACAUCGAUCAUUAUAUACAUCCCAGA